AUGCCACCUAAGAAUGUCUCCCAGCAGAAAACAUGCAGCCACCAAUCUCUAACAUACUCUCCCUCCCCUUACGCCUCCCAAAUCAACUACACCCAGCCAUCCCUGAAAGACUGCCAAUCCGCAACCAAGCCAUCUCUACCCAACAUCCCAGCACCAGCCACAAGAACAGAUAAUGAGAACUUCCCGGCACCGCUAGUAUUACCUGGUGAUGAUCUCGCCCUCGACCCAGAGUACCCUCCCCAAUCAUUCCAGGAGUGGUACGACGAGGAGGAGCGGAACGCCGUCACGGCAAAGCGAAAGACCGUCUACAUUAUCGGCCCACCUGGCAUUGACAAGUCCGUCAAAGAGAUAGAAAGCUGGACUAUUCCCAACGUUUCAAGUCCAAGAGCCGAAGAAAAUCCCGCAAAACCAGCGAUGGAGGCCAUAACCCCGUACCUCUCCGCCUUCUUCCACGGCCUGCCGGUAAAAGAACUUAAGCCUGCAGCUUCAAAAUGGAAAUUCGUUCCAUGGACAGAGUCCGGCUCAAAGAGCAGAAAGUCGAAGAAAGCGAAGGAAUCCUAUAUCGCUCUCUCCACGCCCACGGACGAAGAAAUCCGCAUCCGCGCCCGUCCGUGUCCAGCUUCGGAUGGACUGUACACGCACCAACUUAACCUGGAUGAUCUGCUAGAUGUGGCCAUUGCCAUUCUCCCCAGCGACGCAUACGCCCUGUGCAUGCUUACCCACUACGAUCUGUACGAGGACGACGACGACCUCUUCGUCUGCGGGCGUGCGUACGGCGGGUCUCGUGUGGCUGUUGUUUCGACGGCGCGGUAUAACCCGCUACUUGACGAGGCACUUGGCGUCGAGGGGGCGCAUGCGUGGCCGGGGGCUCAUUGUGCGGAGUAUGUUGAGGGUGUUUGUAGGGAGAAUGAUGAUGGGCCGAAAACGAAGAGAGCCAGAACCAGGACUCCGAAGCCAAAGGUGCCAGAAAAGCGCAAUGGCCCGCUUGAAGCUGCCAUUGCUGCAUUCAACCAUCGAGAAGAGGGACAGGAUAAUGGACGUAAUACCUUGUCAAGCCUAUGGCUCUACCGCACCCUCCGCACCGUAUCCCACGAGCUCUGCCACUGCUUCGGACUAGACCACUGCGUUUACUACGCCUGCAUCAUGCAAGGUAGUGCCUCGCUACCGGAAGACGCGCGGCAGCCGCCGUAUCUGUGUCCUGUGGACCUGGCCAAGGUGCUUGCUGCUACGGGGUCGAGUGCGGCGGAGCGAGACCGCGCGUUGCUGGUGUAUUGCGAGCAGAAGGGGGUUAAGGGGGAUAGGCAUUUUGGGGGGUUUGCGGCGUGGCUGGGUGCGUCUUUGAGGUUGUCUUGA